UUGUAAAUUUUAUGCAAAUCUCAUUUAUGUCUUGCUUUGGAUAUUCUCUCUCAGUUCUCUCACCAACACCCUCGCACGCAUCUUUUUUCGAUAAAUGUCGAAGUUUUAAAACACGGUACCGGGGAAUUAUCGUCUCGCAAUGGCGCUCGAAUCAACAAAGAAGAAGCGGACUAAUCUUCUAACCAUAGUAGAUAGGCUCGUUAAAAAGACUGAAUCGCGAAAGGAAGUCGCCGUCCCGAAAAAAAAGGAAGAACAGUUGUCUCCCCUAAGACCAGCUGUGCCUAUCAGCAGGUCAUAUUUGUUACCACCUACACCAUCGUCAGAUCUAGCAUCACCCUCUGUGAGUGACCAGGAGAGUGUCAGCGAUGAUGAACAAGUAAAUGACAAACAAUCUGUUGUAGAGGAAGAAAAAGAGGAAAUCAAGAAAGGUGUCCCCAAGCAACAACCAAGAUGUGAUGUAUGUGGAUUAAGAGCAUUCAAGUCUUACCGUUUCAUCAGUCGCACCAGUGCACCAAUACACUUAAAGAACUUCGUCACCCCAGAGCAUGACCGCCUCAGGGUUUGUAAGAGAUGCUUCAGCUCAAAGGAGCGUUGCCGACAAAACCUGGCGCUGAUAUUACUGCGUUCCAAGACCAGCCAGAGGGCUCAUCUGCGAACACCUCUUGGGGUCACCUACAAUCGUGCCACUAAAGGUAUGGAUUACAUUGCACGGGACCUCAAGAAAAGGUUGAAAAGGCCCUAUGAGGACCUCCUCUGUGAUGAAACAAUGGCUGAUGAAGAUGAAAUGGAAGUAGAAGAUGAGAGAUUUCUAUUAAGUGGUAGCGGAACAAAGAAUAAAGAAGGACAAUUCCCUAAAGUCAUUUUGGCUGAAAAUGGGAAUUUUAAGCAAGGUGUAGUUACACCACCCUCUCCAGUUAAAAGUGUUGGAAUUGUAACAGUGGUGAAACAUCAUAGUGGAAAAUACAAUUCUGUACCAAAUUGUUUCACGUUGUAUGGAGAUGUUGAUAGCUUAAAGGACGUGGAUAAAGCAAGUGAACAAGUUGAGAAACAGAAUGAAAAUAAUGCUCCAGUAAAUGUAACAGAAAAUCUUGGAAAACUUGUGGAUCACAAUAUUUCACUGCCAACACCUCUGAGUGGAUCAGAGAAUUCUGAGAUAAACAACAUCAACAACAAGCUGACGUUUUUGGACCAUGCCUAUGCGUUACCACCCCCUAAGGGGAAGAUGUCACUGUCUCAUAAUACAAUCUCCAAGCCUGUGAAGUCAACUCUUCCAAAGGCUGCCAAAGUGGAGAGUGGUGUUAAACAAGAGCCUCAGAGAAAGCCAGAUGGCCAAACAACCACUUCAGAGAGAACUUGUGGGAUAGUCUGCUUUCUGUGCGACAAAUUGGUCACAAAAUCAUACAGCUGUUACAAGAAGGAAAAUGCCCCUGAUAAAAUCAAGCAUCUCUUUACUCCUGGAGUGAAGAUUAUAAAAGUUUGCCGUAAGUGUAUGCCUUAUAAGAAACCCAAAGAAGCUGACAAGGGGACUGGAGCUUCAAAAGGAAAAGUGAAGGUUGUCAAAGGAAAACUUGCAAAAAUUCACUCAGCAAAGCUGAUAAAAAAUGCCAAAACUAUUGGAAAAGUCAACUCUUUGAAGGGAAGGGAGAAACCAAAGGUCACAAGUGUGGAAAAGAACAGUGUCAAGUCACCAGUAAAAGAUGACAAGAAAAGAAAAGAGGGCACAAAGGAUGAGAAGUUCAAACCUCAACCAGCCUCAAAGAAGUUGUGUACAUUGGCUGUACAAACAAAGAAAUCUCCAUCGCCAAAGGGAAUGAUGACUAAAGAAUAUAAGAUAGUGAAUGUGAAAUUUGUGUCAGCUGUGCCAAAGGGUAUUCAGGCUAUUGUCAAAGGAGAAUCAAAGACUGACGGUGGAAAAUCGAACAAGGGGUCAAAUGUGAGGAGUAAGGCAUCAUCAGCUUUACAAAAAAGUGAUGUACAGAAAAGUGAUACGGAUUUGACAGAAAAGGCAAACAAUAACAGCACAGCUGAAAAAGAAAGUGCCACGGCAAAUAAGCUGAAGUCAGUGUCGGUGAAAGUGGAUUCUGGAACACAGUCAAUGAAGUCAAUGAUAGGUAUCAACAAAGUUAAAGAUAAGGAGAGUGGUUCAUUGUCACCAAGUGGAGGUGUUUUGAAAGAUGAUAAAGAUUCGUUGAUAAGUGACAAUGUAGAGUCUCUAGAGAUCAGUGAUGUUGAUGUUUCAGAUGUGCCUAAGGAAAGUGAAACAGUUGCAGAAAAUGUAUCUGCUGACUCAAAAGUAAUUGAAGAUGAUUCUACAAUGGAUACAGAGGACAUUUCAAAAACAAGCUCAAAAGAAAAGAAUAGAGGAGAAAUGAAUUUAAAAAUGACUGAUAGAGGCAGAGAACCAAGGGUUAAACAGAGUGAAAAAGAAGUAGAAAAACUUGAAGACAGCAAAUUGGAAUCUAAAAGCCCAGAGGAACUCAAAGAGUCAAAAGAAGCUAAGGAAAAGAGCAAAGACUCUAAAAGCAUUCUGGAUAUUAUUAUGACAAGGGGAAGACGAUCGGCAUCACUCUCUCCAGUUGUACUGAGAGGGACAGGUUCUUCUGAAGCUGCAUCAUCCAGGAAGGGAAGAACUUCAGGGACCCCUGACAGAAAAUGUGAGGAUAAACAAAUAAUGCCCACAAGAAUGACCCGAAAGAGGCUUGCUUCAUUUUCUGAGUCAGAGGCAGACAAAAAAACAGAUGAAACUCCUGGUGGCAAAAGGAGGGUUGUUGCUGCGGCCUUGCUAGAGAGAAUGUCCAGGAAAACUAAUGAUACACUGUCUUCCUCUAGUACCGCUUCAAGCAAAGUAAAGCAAGAGCAUACUUAUGCAAAGGAAACCAAAGAUGCCAAAGAACCCGAGAAAGAAGUAAAGGGGCAUUCCAUGACAAGAAGAAACCAAGUUCCUGUGAAGUGUGCAGGAUGCAAUGAAAAUGUUGUAAAGUCAUACAGAUGCGUUAUGCGUACUGAAGCUCCUUCACACAUCAAACCGUUAUUUGCCCAGCAGCCAGAAGAGAUGCUGCGGAUUUGCCGAAAAUGUGUGAAGAAAAAGGAAAUUGGUAGUGGCAAGAUUAGUAACUAAAGCAAAGAAUUUUAUGUUGUUUCUUAAGUUAUCUACAACUCCAUGAAUUGAUAAAAGCAAAUGUUUCUGCAAACAGUUUUACUUGUAGUAAAUCUAAGUUAUUUAUCUUCAAGUAUUUGACUUACUAUAGUGCAUCUGAUGAAACUGGAGCCAUCGCAACAAGAGGUAAUUUGUAGGCUGGUUUAAAUGUCAGGCAAUUUAAACGUAGCUGACACUUUGCUGAAUUAUAUAAAUCACCCAACAACCCAAUCUUUAACUAAUUCUUUUUUUCCCUGCAAAUGAUGCAGAGGGGAACCAUUAGAUCUUGUUAGUGAGUAGAAGGCUUGUUUAGAGUUUAGAAUCUCCCUUUUCUUUUCACCCUGAGAUUAACUGGAAAGUCAAAACACUUCUUUAGUCUUCCUAUUUCAUUACUACAUUUAUUUUGUUGUUGUCCAUUAUGGAUGCAGUCAUCUUAUUUUUAGUAUGUAGAAAGAACAUCCUGGUCCAAAACAUUUUUAAGGAUCAGCUUUUGGUGAUCCUUUUGGGCCUGUCCACACCUCAGGACAGGAGAAAAAUGUACCAAAACAGGUAAAUUUGAUUCCUUCUUGCUUACAUCUAAGACAAACACAAAAACACAGAAGCCUAGAAACUAGGCAAAUAAUUGUGCUGAUAUAAUUUUUGUGAAGUGCAAACUCUGUGUUUGCUGAAUACAUGUGGUCAAAGAAGGCACUUAUCAUGGUUUUUCUCCAAACUAGAGAAAAUUUGGAAUAGGCAAAUCUUAGAAGAAAAAAUUUUUAAGUAACACUUUGAAAACCGUUUAAGAGAUGACCUUGAUUCUUAAGAAUACACUGUUUAUCAUCACCAUGUUAGAUUUAUAUGAUGAAAAAUUUUGGUUAACAAGGAGCUCAAUUUCAUGCCUGUAACUAGCAAAGAAUUCAAAAUAAUAAAAUAAGUUACAUAUUUUGAGGCUGUAAAUUUUAAAUGUGCCUGACAAAUCAGAGAACUUUAGUAUUGUAUUAUUUGUUUUCCUUGCCGUGUUUGUCAGUUAUAUACUAGCUGAUGCCAAAGUUUGAAUGUAAUUUAACUGAGAUAUAUGUUUAGUGAAUUACAAGAACAAAAUAAUACAUUUUGCUUAU